GUUAAGUAAAUUGACAUUUACGAUAUAGAUACAGCAUGCGAGUUUAUAUACUCGUCGUCAUAGUAUAUAUGUAUGUAUAAUUCUCGACUACUAACAGUAGUCAUGAAGUGUCUUUCUUGAGCACUUUAACGCAAUUAGAUAUAACGCAAACUAAUUUCAUACGUCGUAUAUAUCGUUAUUAUGUUUAUUGACUUUAUUGCAUCAACGAGAUGUUGUACCUUAUCCAAAGCGAUUGUCGGUUACACUCAGAUUCAUACAUCUCGAUUAACGUCAAUUGCGUGAAUUAUGAUGAAAGACUCAAUCGACAACUAUUUUAGGAAUGAUCAAGGAGAGACUUGACAACUUUUUUUUCUUAUAUUAUACACAAGAUCUUUUGCAAUUUGGUUAUCAGACUUUUUCAAAGUUUCACUGUUCAAUUUAUAACGAAACGUAUUUUUAUCUUUUGGAUUUUUUGUAUCAUCUAUUAAUUGGUUAAAGAAGAGUUACUUCUUUCAUCAAAAAGAAAGAACACUUAUUAUUAUUAUUAUUAGGAGGUAUUAAUGUGUGUAUUAACAUAGGAUGAUUCUAGGAAGAAGAGUGAUGAUUUUUUUUCUAUCAACAAAUAUACUAUUCAUACCAGUUCACGAUCAUAUAUAUUUUAUUUGAUUAAAUUAUAAGUGUAUCGAUGAUUUUUCAUUUUCAUAUUUAAUUGAUUCUUUCAUUGGCAAAGAUAUCAAAAUAGUGAUUUACUCGUGAUUUCUGUUUGACUCGUUUUACUCGUUUAAGAAAUAUAAUAUACUUCUUCUUUUCGUAGAUUUUUAUUUACUAGUGACACUUGGGGUAUCCUUUGUUGCUAUUUAUCUUUUAUCUGUAUUAGUAAAAGAUAACGGAUAUUAAAUAACGUGCGUAUGAGAGAGACCAAACGUUGAACAACCUAGGGUCAAAGGGGAGAAUUAUCUGAGAUUUAUAAGUUAACUCUGUUAGAUUGAACGGGUCAGUCAGUGUUGUAUCCUCAAAGAGCACGCAUAUCAAGGAACCAUCUUAAUUUAUUAUAAGGAAAUAUUGUUUGUUUGUUUUUUUUUUCUUUUUUUUUAAAAUGUCUACUAAAAUAAGAUCACGUAACCAAGUUACUUCGAUUACCGAUCCCUCGGAUAAGUUUCGACCGGAGCCUGUCUAUGCCGGCAAAUUGAAAAGCGAAUUUAGAAAUUAUAGCGUAGAUCCAACAGAUGAGAUCAAGGAACGUGUUCGUCAAACUUAUCAGGACAUGCAUACUAAUCAAACGGUCGAGUUUGUGCGUUCUCGUAUGAAAGAAUGGCUUCAAUUCAACAAAACCAGAAUGACGAUUAAAGAAGCUCUGAUCAAAUUAAACGAUCUUAUAGACGAGAGCGAUCCAGAUACUUUAUUACCGAAUAUCGUUCACGCCUUUCAAACGGCCGAAUCUAUAAGAAAAGAACAUCCUGAUUUAGAUUGGUUCCAUUUAACUGGACUGAUACACGAUUUAGGAAAGAUUAUGGCGUUCUAUGGUGAACCACAAUGGGCUGUCGUGGGUGAUACAUUUCCUGUUGGCUGUGCAUGGGCUGAUUCCAUAGUCUACAGGGAGUCCAGUUUUGAAACAAAUCCUGAUGGCCAGGAUUCUCGUUAUAACACAAAAUAUGGGAUGUACAAAGCACAAUGCGGUAUAGACAAUUUAAUCAUGUCCUGGGGACAUGACGAAUAUCUUUAUCGUGUUUUGGUUCAUAAUAAUUGUACAUUACCUAAGGAAGCACUUGCCAUGAUCCGUUAUCAUUCAUUCUACCCCUGGCAUGCUGGUGGUGAUUACAUGCAUUUUUGUACGCAAGAAGAUUUAGAUAAACUCAAGUGGAUCAUAGAAUUCAAUAAAUAUGAUUUAUACACUAAAAGUGCUUCCGUACCGGAUAUUGAACAAUUAUGGCCUUAUUAUGAAAAAUUGAUCGACAAAUAUAUUCCAGGCACGUUAGAAUGGUGACUGAGAUUAUUGCAAAACUAAAUGGACACUAGCUAUGCUUAAUUAGUUAUUUUUCUUUUCUUUUCUUUUCUUUUUUUUUUUGUACAUACUAUAAACAUACUUCUGCUUUUGAUUUUUAAAGCUUAAUUCUUCCUCAAAUGUACAUAAUAUCCUCAAACAAGAUUAUUAUUUUUAUCUCUGAA